AUGGAGAUUCAACUAGGUCAGCCUCUACAAACUCAUAGCUCCAUUGAAGGAUUUGAUCCUCAUAAUUACAACAAGAAGUAUGUCGAAAACAAGCGUAUCAUCAAAGAGUCGUAUGGACAUUUUUUAAAACCUUUGUCUUUGUUAGUAUGGAAUGGACAACCAAACGAGGAAGAUGACUACAGUAAAAAGAUGAAUCGAAACGUUCACACAUCAAACAAUGAAGGGGAAAACCAUUUGGUGGGGUGGCCACCAAUUAAAUCAUGGAGGAAGAAAGAACUUCAUCAGCAACAUUCUAACCAAAUAAGGAUUGAGCAUAGAAUGGAAAAUGAAACUAUAUGA